UACUCCACUUGUCCCUCCCGAGAUCAGAAACACGUCAACAUGCCGCCAACACAUCUGGGAAACGCUCUGAUACUAGGAGUUGUGAUCCAUCAUGUUGCAAUGGGGCUGCUCUCUAGAUCCCCCGAAUGCCUGAGGUCGAUAGAUACCUGCAUCUCUGAUCUGUGCAGAAACAUGGAACAGGCAGGUGCUAUUGGCUCACUGUGUGGCGAUGACGGGUGUCAAAUAAUAGGCUCGGAGGUCUGUAACGUGAGCGUGGGGGCCAUGCUGGAGCAGUUCCCGUCACUGCAGCAGUGUAUGUGUGAGGAGGAGGAGGAGCCCUGUCGCUCUCUGCAAGCACUCACAACACAAUGCCACCAGAAACCAGCUCUGCGGAAGAGAAGCACGCCUGCAGAGAUGGACUGGAAAGCCAGCAAUUUACUCGGCGUCGUGUCCAGCGACGGUGGGUCCUGCCUGAAGCGGAUCGGGACGUGUCUCGCCGACCCGGUCUGCAACCGGAACCUCUGGCCGCUGCUGGAGGCGUGCGGCGAGGAGCGGUGCGACGGCACGCGCUGUCGGGGCGCGUCCCGGCACUUCUACGGGGGCCUGCCCGCGUCCGUGGCCGACCUGCUGGUGAUGUGUGACUGCGGGCCCGGGGAGAAGGACUGCCAGCGCAUGGCCGCCAGGCUGCACAGUGGCACGUGCGGCGGUGAAAUGUGGAGUUGUCAGGAAGGGGUUAGCCACUGCUGGACGGACCAGAGCUGCAGCUUUACAUCGAAAUGCUGGGAUGCGGAGAGUGCGACGUGCGGGGAAUAUGACGAUGGAAAUGAGGAGUGCGUUUGGCAGAUGGAACCAGCUCUCCUUCUCAGCGGAGAGGCCGAGUGCAGAACGGCAUUCCUCGCGUUGAUGGGCACCCCACUUCAGUACCCGUGUACCUGCACGGGCUUGAACUCCCGCGAGCGGCAGAGAUGCGACACCCGGGACUCUGGCCAACAUUGGUGGAUUCUAACAAAACCUUUGACACUGGGGAAUCGAAGUCUGAUGGACACACCUGGGUGACUGGCCACCUCCUUUACGGGCUGAUAUACUUGGCCCUCAUUGUAAUCGUCAUUUUAGUGACCACUGGGAUUCUCUGUAAAUCUGGUGUGCUGAGGAAAAAAGGCCAAACCCAGUUUCACCCCCAGGGGAAACCAACAUGUGUGGCUAUUCUCUGACAAACUAAACAAACGUUUCUCUGUCAUGAAGAGGGGAAAGAACA